AUGGUAGCGGAGCAGUUCUCGGCUUCGCCUGCCUCUGGUGAAGACUUCGAUCAACUUCAGACCUCCCUGCAGGAGCUUGGCUAUCGUGACGAGAGCGGAUACCUUGUGCAGUCAGUUGCAAAGUUUUGGUUCGGAAACCGCCUCGGACCGCUUACGGUUUAUCCAUCCCAGGCUGCAUGUGCAGAAGCAUUCUCAGUGCUCCAAAACACAAAGCGUCGAGGGCCGUGUGCUCGCUACCGUAAUGACCUUGCAUUUUUCCUUCCAACUACGAGUCAUGGAAAGAUGACGCGGCAAAAGCGCAUCGCUUAUGGUGGAGCGAGACCAAUGAGAGUGUUCAAGGGUGGAGGGCCUUUCGUGAUCAAGGAUUCGGAAGGCAUGGUAGCAGAAGCUCUUCGCAAGAUGGGGUAUAUGGAUGAAACUUUCAACAACGACUUGCCUGAAGCAUUGUUCGUAUUUGUGAACAGACCGGAUCACAAGAGCACCCUGCGAAAAACGUUUGACGCACUACCGACUUCCACGGACACUGCUGUCGACGUGAAGCAGAAACUUAGGCAUGCAUUUCUGUCAAACUAUACCCAAGGCCGAUGGGUUGUUGCGCCGAAAGACACUGAAGUGCGACAGACUCUUUGCAAACAUGGUUUCUUGACGAACAUUCAAGCUCCUCAGGCCGAAGCGCUACAAGCAAUGCAGAGUUUUGUUCGCAGUCGCGGUUUACGGGAGAUGCGCAGCUACAACGGGCUCGUUUUCAACAUCCAGCAGCACAUCUACAACAAGGAUCCUGACAGGGUUGGAAGCAUCGAGUUUAAGAUCUGA